UUAUAUUAUCAUAGCAUGACAAUUUAGUAUGUUUAAGUUUUACUUGUGUAUUGAUUUAAAAUUAUAUAACAGAUAAAUAAAAUACCUAUGGAGUCAGCAACUCAGCAUACUGGAAUAUCAUUAAGGUUCUUUAAUAAUUUUUUUUCAUGACCUUUGGGGUCCAGGUUUCAUUGCCAUUUUUGAUGUGGUACUUGAGUCUUGAACUCUUGAGUCGCGUCAAAGCGGUUAUACAGAGGUGUCUUUGUUGGUUGUUCCUUAUUGUUUUCUGACUAAGUUGAGUAAGGCUUGGUGAUCCUAUGUAUCUGUUUAGACUCCUGUUUUUCAUUGGGUACUACAUCCAUUCCAUAAAGUUCUUAGUGUAGCUCCAAAAACCAAUAAAAAGAGGGGAGAGAGCAUGCAAGUUGGUCAUUUAUUAUUUUUCAAAUGGGUGAGAGAGUGUGCAAGUGGGUACUUUGUUUUUUUAAGAGGAGAGAGAAUGUGGCUGUGAGAGUGUAAAAAGUAGUGGAUCCAUAUGGUGGGGCAAAUAGCUAAUAGAAUAAUAUAUUUGUUUUGCGGGAAAUGGAAUAGAGUAGAAAUGUAAAGAACUUUGCGGACACCGUUAAAUCGAAAGUGGGAAGAACUUUAUGGAACGGAGGGAGUAUAUGUUAGUUGAAUAUGGUGACGAAAUCAUUUUUUUUGUGUUUCGAUGCACAGAAUUAUGAUGGUAUGAGCGAUGAGACCUUUGACCGAAGGAUUUACGUCGGUAACAUUGAUCAUAGGAUUUCUGAGGCCAUUCUUCUGAAGAUGUUCUCCCCAUUUGGGAAGAUUGAAUCCGAGGACUUCUUAUUGCACACUCGGGGACCAAAACGAGGGGAACCACGUGGCUUUGCUUUUGUUCAGUACAGCACAAAAGAGGAAGCUGGACUAGCCAAGGAGAAGAUGCAUGGGAGGUUGGCUUGUGGACGGCCUUUGGUUAUACGCCUUGCUAGCGAGAAAUCUGCUGCUGAAGUGGUAGGGAAUUCAUCUAAGAGUGGUCGAGCUGUGAGCAGAUCAACUCAUUCAGGCAGUGCUUCUGGUUCUGGACAAAUGAGUCGAAGUGCAAAAAUAGCUGCUAUAAAGAACAAAUUGAAGGUAUUGGAAGAAGAUGGCAGUAGUAGAGCAAAGAAGCAGAAGCAGGUUGAGCGCAUUUCAUCAUAGUUAUAUAAGAUUCGGUUGCUUUUCUUCGCCAUCCAUCUGUUAAUUAGAGCCAUGACAUAAAUUAGAUGUUCGGUUAGUGACUAUGACAGUGUUUUUGCACCUUGCUAUUACUUUGGGUGAAUACACAAUCGUUUGGUCUUCUGUUACUUGCCUUGUAUCAUAUGGCAAGCUUGUAUAAUUUGCAUGUAUGAAAUUCAGUGGGAAUAUCUGUUAGAUAGAUACUAGAUCUAACCCCCUAUUUAGAAACGUAAAAAACUUAUUGUAACAAAUUCUGAAAUGGUAGUCAUUUUAAAAUUAUAUAUUGAAGGUAACAACUCUAUUAUUCAAUAA